CAUUUCGGUUCCUUGCUUUCUAUUCCUGGCACAAACAGGCAGCCACACACUCAUCCACACAAACACAGCACAUGAGAGGGGAGAGGGAGGGGGGGGCACGCCACCUACUCCCCAAACAAAGGCUGCCGUGCCAGCAGCAUCUCCGCACAUCCAAACCCCCGACCUGAUGUCUCAAUAGACACUGUCAAUGACCCCCCCUUCGCCCCAACCCUGCGCUCUCCUCCCCACUAUGCCGUCUACGCUCGCUCCCCUCCUACAUUUUCAGGCUGGAUGCUACAGCGGCCGUUCCUAAUUACCUCUUAUCCCCAGUGGUUUGGGAAUAAUCACAGCUGAGAAGCAUUGAAGGGUCGCUGCCGAGGAGGAUGAAGAAUAGGAGUUGUGCCAUUUUUCACGGCUAAGGACAUAACCUGGUCACUGUGCUGGAGUGGAGGCGAGAGUGGAAGCGCUGGAGACAUCUCAGAUAACAAGAGCAAGUCAUGCAGUCUUUUCGGGAAAGGUGUGGUUUCCACGGCAACCAGCAGAACUACCAACCAUCUUCACAGGAUUCCUCACGCCUGGAGAAUUACAGGCAUCAAAGUCACCCGGGGCUCAACUGUGUGCGUCAGAGACAGAUGACCAAAGGGUACUAUGCCCAGACGUCCUAUCAAGGUUUCGAGAACAAUACUGGGGAGAAAUACCCCCGUGGUGACAAGCACAUGAAUGUCCAACAGCUUCAAGGCAGGGUCUCUUUUGCUAGUUUCCCUGAGGGCAACGUGUACCCUGCACAGUAUUCCGGAGAAGAUGGGAUGCAAAACUGGGGGCAAUCUCAGGCUUUAGGUGGGGCAAAAUAUGAGGAAAACGUAAUUAAGAAGACCCCUGCAGAAAACAGGGGAUAUCAAGAUCCAACUGGACAGAUACAGUUCCGUUCCCACUCUCUACACCACCCCCAGCAACCAAAUCUUCCUUACACGAAGCUUCCACGGCAGAAGGUGCAGAAUGACGUCCCAUCUUCCCCCCUGCCUUUUACCCAGUCAUCCCACUUCAACCAGAGUUUCCCCACUUCCACAUACUCCUCUGUGCCAGGUAGUAGCCCUGUAUCUCAUUCCUUCAAAAGUUGCACAUCCCCUUCUAACCCUUCUCACGAACGUGCUAUGGCUACUGCCAACCAACGGGUGCAGCCCAUGCAUGGCUACCAGUCAUCUAGAAUGGCUUCCUUUGAGCAAACACAGCGCCACCAUACACAGGAAACUUUGCACUACCAGAACAUGGCCAAGUUCCAUGGGCAACAUUACAGCCAACAAAGCCAAGCGUAUUGUCAACCUGAGACUCCAAGCAGAACUCCAGAACAGUAUUAUCAAACAUUCAGUCCAAGUGCCAGCCAUUCUCCAGCCCGCUCUGUGGGCAGAUCCCCAUCCUAUAGUUCCACCCCUUCUCCACUAAUGCCAAACAUAGAGAACUAUCAGUACAACCAGCAACAGCAUAACACUAAUACAUUCCCUAUGGGUAUUUCUGAUCACAGCCACUACAUGCCUCUCCUAAAUCCUUCACCUACAGGCACCUCCAGUCCAGAGUCUCAAACAAAAACCUUGCAGAAUGAUAAAAUUCCAGAGACCUUGUUGUCUGACCUCAGUUUGCAAAGCCUUACAGCCCUUACCUCUCAAGUGGAGAACAUCUCAACAACCGUUCAGCAACUACUUAUGACUAAGUCCGGAAUUCCCCAGAAGAAGGCCAUUAAGACAUCUCCCAGGACUCCCGAGCAAAUGAAAGGACAGCAUUGUAGUUCAGAGAGUAGUGCUUAUUCAUCCGAACCAAUGGGAACACCUCUUUCAGAAACCCUUGGUACCCCACAGUCUGUCCAUGCCGAGGUUCAAGAUACAGACUAUCUUAGUGGUUCUGAUGACCAGAUAGAGAGAAAUUACUUGUAUUGUGGUCCAGGACGAAGCCCGGCCAGGGCCAACAGUACCAAAAUGAAGCCAGAAUCUAUCUCCACGUGUUCUGUGACAUCACCUGACAACAUGUCUACCAAGUCAGAUGAUUCCUUUCAGAGCAUACAUGCCAACCUUCCCUUGGAGACUUUUGCAAAACUGGUGAGCAGUGAGAGAGAAUGCCCACACUUACUGGUUAAUGCUCUAUCCCAGGAGGAGUUGUCUACAGAAAUUAUCGCUCUGCAAGACGCUAUUGAUAAUGAGAAAGCAGAAAAGGCUUGGGUCGAUUCUCCGGAAUUGGAUAAUAAUUCACCCAAAUCCCCAUUCAACUUAGAAAAUCACACUUGUGUGGAACCAGUGGUGAAAAACACAUGGCCAGAUCAGGAGAACGUUCAGUUGUUUUCGCAAGCUUUGAAGAAAGGAGCAUCAGAAAAAACUCCUCUGAGGAACCACGAUGAGUUCAACAACUAUUAUGAGAAGAAGGAAUUUCAAUCACCCAAUAAAAAAGUUGCAGAAGAAAACACAGGAAAUACGGUCAUUUUGGGCAAUGAGAAGAAUGUUGAGCCUGUGACAUCUAGUGCCAGCUACACCAGUUAUUCAAAUACAGUUGCAAACACAAAUUGUGCAAAAAAUUCUGAUCCCUUUGACUGGCCAGAUAAAAACAUGACCGAGACUUGCCUUCGGUGGAAAGAAAUUGAGUUAACCCUUCAUUCUUCAGAUCUCCAAAAAGGUUUGUUUCAAUGCAAGGAAAGUAAAGUUGGUAGUCAACUUGAUGUCCCUGAUAUGGAGACACCCCUGGAAAAUGACUCCGGAGAAGAGUUCAACAAAGAGGGUGCCGAAGAAAUGGCUUAUCCAGAAGAUAACAAAGAAGACAGUGAAAAGUGGCUGGAAGACACAAGGGAUUGUUACACUGAAGAAGACUUCCAUGACAUACCCGAUCUACCAUCCCAAAAAGAAUCCAAUCUGGAACCAGAAGAUUAUUCUUCACUAUGUGACUUUUCGGAAAGAAAAUCUUUCAUUUACGAUGAAUCAAUUAUGAAACCGACUAGAGGUUCAGAAGCAUUAUCUUCCAUUAACACGCCAGAGUCCAUAGAAAAUCCAAGCACAGAGGAGAAGGAGAAUUUGGUGACGCCUUCACAGUUGUCUUGUAAUUCCAUCAUGUUGCUUGGCCCCACUGUUGAAACAGAGUCAAAAGUAAAAAGCUGGUUUGAGUCCACAAUACCUCACAUCGACAACACAAAAGAAAAAGUUGAAGACAUUGAAGAAAGUCCGCUAGAAUCAGAAGCCCUUCAAGACGCAGAAGAAAAAAACCCUGAAAUGAUUGAACAGUCUUUAUCUAAAAUUGAAGAAGUGGUUGAAAAGAAAUCUCUACGUGGUCGAAGGAGUCAGUGCAGAACUGCCGAAACUUCUGAGCCUAAUGCUCCUGUCCAGACUCCGACUGAGCCAAAUAGCAAAGCUGAGACUGAAGAUGAUAAGGGCCAGACGGAAAGUGUAAAUGAAGUAGCAGCCAUCGUGAAGUCUCCUGUGACUGAAGUGACAACUGCAAGGAUGUGCACCCGUUCCUCUACUGCCAAGGUAGAGCCUAAAGGAUGUGGAACAGGGAUCAAGACACCCCCUCAAGAGAAGAUGACUAAGAAAGGAGGCUUUGGUGAGAAGGAGAGGGCCCCAUAUAAAACGGGAAAAAGAGGUGGGAAGAAUGCCUUGAAAAUGGAACCAGCAUCCAAUGACGAAAAUGUGUUCCUUCUACAAAACACCUCACCCACAAUCCUCAGUGGCACUCAGAAAUCUAAAGAAAAUGGCUUCAGUAUUCUAAAGGAUGAGCGGUCCAUGAUUUUAAGGUCACGAAGCAAGAAACAGGAACUUUUCCCAGCAAAGAGAAGAAGAGGUAAAAAGGGAAUGAACUUUGUCUUGAAGAAGCGUUCAUCCUUAAAGAAAAUAAUUGCCAACAAUUGCUCUCCUGCAGAUACUUUUCAGAAUAUGCCAAAAGUCAGGAAAAGGAUGAAGCUCACCAAUGCAGCAGUGGGAAUAAAUGUCAAAAAUUCUGAGCGACCCUUGCAUUCUCUGAAGAGAAAGUCAAACUUAAUUUCUCCGGUACCGGCCAAAAAGCGAAACUUGAUCAUACGUAGUAAAAAAACUAAAGAGCAGAAGGCAGAGACCCCUCCCAAUUUAUUUAAAAAAAUUAAACCGGUCAAAGUCAAAAAAGAAAAGGUCAAAUUAUCAAUAGCGACAAAGAAGAAUUGUAAGGUUAUCCUAAGUGCCCCUUCUGUGCGAAUUUCCCAAGACGUUUGCCUGAAGGUGACCUCACGCACGUCAUACCAUGGGCCAAUAAAGACAAAGGUAUUACCACCAAGAAAAGGUAGAGGUUUGAAAAUGGAAGCAAUUGUUCAAAAAAUUACAUCACCAAAUCAAAAGAAGCAAGGUGCUGCCAUGGCAUUAGCAAUGAAUGCUUUGGCUUCUAACAUCACUAGUGGUGCCCAAGGAAGGGAGAUAAAAGAUGGCACCUUAGUAACAACAGAUGCCAAAACUAAGACAAUGGCUCAAGAUUUAACCCGUAUAAAGUCUUCGAAGCCAGAGACUGACCCACAUAAUGGGACUUGUCAAGGGUCAAGCAACAAGACCCUCAAAGGAAAACCCUUCAACAAGAGGAAAACAGCUCCCAAUUCACUAAAUGUCGUGGCUGGUUUACAUAAUGUGGCCAAGAGAGAGGUCAACUGUCCAGGUUCAAAAAAAAUUAUUUCUGUCCCCAAAAAGAAGUUCAGAAGAGGAAGAUCCAAAAGUUCCCCAGGCACUUCUAAAGCAACAGUGAAGAAGCUUCUUGGUUCUUCUCCAUCUGUUCUUCUAACAUCUAAAGACAAGGCUCUCUCAGACAAUGUUCUCUUGCCAAGUAAGUUCCGCUCAAGUGAGUGCAAACAGACAGGGCCCAAAGAGUGCUCUAAUCUUCCUGACACAUCCGGGGAGCCCCUUUCCCAAACCAGAGCUAGAAAAAAAUCAAAGUAUCCAGCCUUCAAUGGCUACACUAAGAGGCAACGCAAGUGUGCUCCUCGAGGCAGGUCCACCAGCCAAACUCCCGGAAGCAAGCAGAGGUCAAAGAGGCAAAAUGUUCCUCUUGUUACACCCAAAGAACCCGAAAUUAAGUUGAAGUAUGUAUCCUCUAAACCACCCCGGGCUGAAAGCAGAGUCCGACUCUUUUCUCCAUACAUUCAGGUGGCGAAAAAAAAUUCCUUCACUACUACUUGCACCGUUGUCAAUUCUGCUGGCGAUGAGAUGCGAUUGUUGAAAGAGAGAAGUGCAGUCCACUGUUCGUCUCCCUCGGUCACGUUUUCCAACCAAGGUUCUAUACCGAUUUCUUCUAGGAUGCAGUUGGGACCUCUUGUGUGCAAGUCAGUGAGCUCCGGUUGUCUCCUCUGUUGCUUGUGCCGUUGCCCUGCCAACUAUAAAGACUUGGGUGAUCUUUGUGGCCCUUACUACCCCAUGGACUGUUUACCUAACAAAAAACCCAGGCCGAAAGAUAAACUCAAAACAGAGGACACCUCAACAGAGAAGUCCUCAAAGAUGGUAGACUCUCUGUGCACGACAGGGAGUGGGAGGACGUCUUGCACGGACAGUGCAGCCACUGAGGUAGUGAAACACAACAAUCUCCGCUCUAGUGCCCGUGGAAUGCUCAGGAAGCUGCCCAGCUGUUACUGCUGUAACAAAAAGGCAGAGGGAACAGACACUGAGAAGCCCAGGAGGCACCAUUGCAGCAAAAACUCUGAGCCUCAUUCACUGGAGGCCGAGACCCAGGAGCACUGGGUCCAUGAAGCUUGUGCUGUGUGGACCAGUGGAAUUUACCUAGUGGCCGGGAAACUUUACGGUGUCCAUGAAGCUAUUCAGAUGGCAGCCUCAGGACUCUGCCCUAGGUGUCAAAAACCAGGAGCGACCGUGGGCUGCAACCACAAGGGAUGCACGCAGACCUACCACUACACGUGCGCUACAGAGGCAGGUUGCUUGCUAAAUGAAGAGAACUUCUCAUUAAGAUGUCCUAAACAUAAGAGGCACCUGGUGUAACCGUCUUUGAGAUAAACAUUACCUUCAUCACACCCAGGAUCUUUCAUUCACUCCUCAGCACUGUCACAGCGCCAAGCAGGGGAGUACAAGCUGCCAGCCUCCAUCGUACCUUACAGUGGGUUCAGGCCCUACCAUGCCCAUGUGUUGACAGUGCAGGAAUAAGAGGUUCCUGGUGUCCUGGAGGUGUUUCAUCACACAGAUGAUGACAUAAGAAAGGCGAGAAACCUGCAGGGCGAAAACACCAGGAUCGCGCCGGGAUGGUGAUUGUGUCAUGGCGGGAAAAAAAAAAAAGUUGACAUGGUAAUUUGCACUGAGAUACAGCCGACGUGCUGGUUUCUGGGUUCCGCCCAUAGUAAGGAUACUAUACUAUAAACCCAGACUACGUCUGACAUCAAACACGUUUCAAGCCAGAGGGGGAAGUUGUAGUGUUCCAAUACCCGGCUCGGAUUGUGACACAGACAUUGGUCUCACAUCAAGCGGAACCCUACAUCUGCCAAGAUGGCCGCCAGAUGGAUAUCUGCGCCUGGAAUUGUGCAUUUCAUGGAGGUUCCUGCAAGAAAGAGACAGAUAACCACCAACCAAAAGGGGUUUUUGAAUGUUUUGUUCCCAGCUGUUGUAUGUUAUGUGUAUUAAGACUACAUCACUCAUCUGAUCUGACAACCCCCCCACCAUGGUCCUUGUCGUCGUGUCUUAUUUUGUGCUCUCAUCGGCCAUUUUGAUGACUGCCCUCCUCUCCUCCCCCACCCGCUUCUCGUACACUAGUUCAUCUCGUCCCGACACUUCUUGCUGUGUUUCAUCCAGUCAUGUUACUUCUUCGGAGCACAUUAUCAGCAACACACAGCUGCAAAAUAAGAAAAAAAAACAAAAAAUAUACAAAAAAAAAUACAAAAAACCUGCACCUACUACUGCGGGGCCACGGGGGGCCACAUUCCAAGAAGUCGGCUGAUCACCAGAUAAAACCACGGCUCAGCGCGAACCGCGACUCCUGCUGUAAAUACAAAAAAAAAAGUGUUUGACAGUCAAAAGUACGGACAAUGCCUCAUUUUAUGGUGUGUGUAUAUAUAUAUGUGUAUACAUAUGCAUAUAUAUAAUAUAUGAAGACUGUAAAUGUUUAACCCCCGCAGCCGCCGGAAAGGCCUGCAAACGUUGCGCCUUUGCAGGCUCCGCCGGCAGCUUAGAGAGUUAAAGCUAGUGUUCUUUUUAGUAAAUUUGCUUCACACUGAAGACUGUGUGUACCGAGCUUUCUAAAAGAUGUUUAUUUUCUUUAAGAGUUAAAAGAGGCUAUUGGGAAUGUCAAUAAAAUCUACAAUGAACCGUU